GGUAGGGGAACCUCAAGUUAUAAUACUAAAAAUAACCAAAAUCCAAUAUAUAAAAGGCAAGGCUUCAUCUCCAAUGGAAACAUGAUCUUUUAAGUAAGAAUCAUCAAAAAAGAAAAAAAGCCAACCACACUUCGAAGGGGCUUCAUUACCUUCGAAGGAGUUGGCAGUUGAAUUUGCUGCCCCUCCAAUUUUGUUUUCAUUUUUAAUAAAAAAAAUUUACGAUUAUGUCGAGCUCGGAUGACUCUGAGAGGAAGAAGCGGAUCGCUAUAAUCGUGGUCUCCUCUUUCCUCUUGGUGGCCGUGGUGGUGGCGGUGACAGUCGGGGUUACCAUCCAAGAAGAGGACAGCGACUACGACGACGGAACCACAGAUGGGAAUAAACACGCUCAGGUUACUUCCUCCAAGAAGGCUAUCAAAAUGAUUUGUCAACCAACCACUUUCAAGAAAACAUGUGAAGAGCAGCUCCAACAUGAAGCUGGGAACAAGACCGAUGUUAAAGACCUGAUUCAAGCGGCGUUUAAGGCGGCCAUGAAGUACGUGGAGCAAGCUCAGGCGAAUUCCACCCUUUUGAGGGAUCUGGAGAAAGAUGAAGGGACUAGAAGUGCUUUAGAUGCCUGCAAGAUUUUGUUGAAUUCUACCAUGAGGGAAUUUAACAAGUCACUUGAACUUGUUGACAAGAUAGAAGUUAAUACGGUGAAUAAAUUGUUGGGUGAUAUGAAGAUUUGGUUGAGUGCUACCAUUAGUAACCAACAAGCUUGUUUAGAUGGGUUCGAAAAAACCAAAUCAAAAACGGAAGCUGGGGAGAAAAUGAAGAAGUUCUUGAACAUCACGAUGCAACUCAGUAGGAAUGGUCUUGCCAUCGCCUGUGAGUUAUCGGAGCAACUUAAACAGUUGGAGCUUGCCGGACUGUUUGAACGUCGCCGUCUUCUCCAAGAUGAAGAUCAACUUCCGGUUGUCGGCCAUUCUGAUUGGACUUCUUUUUUAGAACGAAACAAGGAAUGGAAUCGUCGCCGUCUUCUCCAAGACGAAGAUCAACUUCCGGUUGUCGGCCAUUCUGAUUGGACUUCUUUUUUAGAACGAAACAAGGAAUGGAAUCGUCGCCGUCUUCUCCAAGACGAAGAUCAACUUCCGGUUGUCGGCCAUUCUGAUUGGACUUCUUUUUUAGAACGAAACAAGGAAUGGAAUCGUCGCCGUCUUCUCCAAGACGAAGAUGGACUUCCGGUUAUUGGCCAUUCCGACUGGACAUCCUUUUUAGAACGAAACAAGGAAUGGAAUCGUCGCCGUCUUCUCCAAGACGAAGAUGGACUUCCGGUUAUUGGCCAUUCCGACUGGACAUCCUUUUUAGAACGAAACAAGGAAUGGAAUCGUCGCCGUCUUCUCCAAGACGAAGAUGGACUUCCGGUUGUCGGCCAUUCCGAUUGGACAUCAUUUUUAGAACGGAACAAGGAUUGGAACCGCCGCCGGAUGCUCCAAGAAGGCGAAGACCUCUCCGUUAUGGGGCAUAGGGACAUUGAUCUCGAAAUUCCAGCAGGAGCUAGGAGAUUGAUGUCGACUGAUUUGAAGCCUGAUCUUAUUGUGGCCCAGGACGGUAGUGGAGACUGCAAAACCCUUAAUGAAGCCAAACAAAGAAUCCCCUCCGGAUCCACCAAGCCUUUCGUCAUUUAUGUCAAGGCCGGAGUUUACGCUGAGAAUGUUGAUUUCACCUCCGAUUUGACCCAUGUUGCGCUGGUUGGAGAUGGUAAAGAAAAAACCAAAAUCACCGGUAAUAUCAGUACCGGUCCUGAUGGAAAACCCACUACCUACUUCACUGCUACCGUCGGUGUCGAUGGAGACCACUUUUUUGCCAAGAACAUUGCGUUCGAGAACUCGGCCGGGCCAUUGAAAGCACAAGCGGUGGCGUUAAGGUUACAGUCAGAUUUUGGAGUGUUCUACAACUGCUCGAUAGAUGGUUACCAAGACACACUUUACGUAUUCAGCAAACGCCAAUUCUUCCGUGAAUGCACCAUCUCUGGAACAAUCGAUUUCGUAUUCGGCGAUUCGGCGGCGGUCUUCCAAAAAUGCAAAUUCCUUGUCCGGAAGCCACAAUUAGGACAACAAAACGUUGUUACGGCACAAAAAAGAUUGGACCAUAAUCAGCCCACAGCUUUUGUGAUCAUGGACAGUGAAAUCAUCCCAGAUGCUGAACUUGCACCAGUGAAGAACGAAUUCCCAGCAUUCCUUGGUCGUCCAUGGGGUAAGCUAUCCAGGGCUAUCAUCAUGCAAACUUACAUUGACGAUAUGGUACACCCCGAAGGUUGGACCAGUUGGGAUCCCAAAGAACCGACAAAUCUUUGCCAAUACGCCGAGUUCAAUAACACUGGCCCUGGUGCUUCCACUUCCCUUCGUGUUAAAUGGGCCGGAGUUAGGUUGCUUAACGAGGCAGAGGCCAUUAACUACACUCCACCCAAGUUCUUCGACGUCGGCGAUGCUUGGAUUAAGGAGUCCGGAGUCCCUUACAUCCCAGAUCUUUCCAUUGGUAAAGCUGAAGACAAAGGGUUGAUCCCUACGUCCCCAGAUGUUCCCGCUAGUAAACCCGAAAACAAUGGGUUCAUCCCUACCUCCCCAGAUGUUCCCGCUAGUAAACCCGAAAACAGUGGGUUGAUCCCUAUCUCCCCAGAUCUUUCCGCUAGUAAACCUGAAAAUAAUGGGGUGAUGCCUAUCUCUCCAGAUCUUUCCGCUAGUAAACCUGAAAAUAAUGGGGUGAUGCCUGUCUCCCCAGAUCUUUCCGCUAGUAAACCUGAAAAUAAUGGGGUGAUCCCUAUCUCCCCAGAUCUUUCCGCUAGUAAACCUGAAUAUAAUGGGGUGAUCCCUAUCUCCCCAAAUCUUUCCGCUAGUAAAGCCGCACACAAAGGGGAGAUAAAGCUGAAGAAACUUAAACACAAGAAAAAGAAGCACCAUGGAAAAGGGAAGAAGCACCAUGGAAAAGGGAAGAAGCACCGUGGGAAAGGGAAGAAGAAAGGGAAGAAAUCCAAGAAGCACCAUGGAAAAGUUGAGUUGAAAUCAAUAACCCAGGCUUAAUUUCUAAAUUAUAUUAUACAUUUCUAUAAUAUUUUUUAUAUAUUAUAUAUUAAAUUACUGAUGCAGCAAAGGUAUCAGCUCCUUCCAGGGACAA